AUGGUCGCUUCCUUUAUCACGACGUUCUUCAUGUCUGCCUUCGACGGCCCAGCAUAUCGCAGCAUCUUCUUCGUCUCACCCAUCGAGGUCGCUCAGGAUCUCAUGAUUGCAGCAUUCCGCGUCCUCAAAGACGGAGAAUUAGGGGACAUACUUGGAGAGCCCAUCUUGCAAUCUAAACCUACUCGUGCGUCUAGUUCUGCCACUGGACCUGUCUCCAAGCCAGGGUUCUUGAAGCGCUUUAUUCGGCGCUUCAUCAUCGGUCUUCCACUUGUAGGCGCAAGCUCUGCGGUCCACAUGCUCAUCUCUCUUCAUAUGCUUGCUCCCGUCCAAUGGAUUGCCCGAUUCCGCGGUAGUCGGAGUCGAAGAAAUAGCAAUUCUCGCGAUAUUGCUGCGUUAAUCAUCGUUGGUCUCCUGGUAGCAGGGACCGUCAGAGCGCUGUACAAAGUAUACCAAUUCACAGAGGCGUUGACGAAAAGGGCGCUCCUUCGAGCAGAAGAUGCGAUUCUAGAAGUCGCUUAG